CUUCUGACAUCCAUCAGAUAGAAACGAGAGAACGAACUGAACGGUGGCAAAUUAACACGGCAACGGAUAGAUUCACCCAAAAUUUUUUUCGAGACACUCUGAGGAGCUGGGCUGAGAAAAAGAAAGAAGAUACAUAAACGAGGAUGUGUUCUAUGCAAGCGUGAAACAAUUUUUUUGCAAAUAUUUAACAAGAAAUCAAAGUGUUUUCCAUUUAAAAAAAUAUUGAGAAUAAAAAGUGUUCACAUAAGCCCAGGAAAAAGGGUGUUUGUUGUAAAGUGAUUGUGUGAGUGUCUAAAGAAAGUGUAUGUGAAUUUUGUUGGGUGUAAUUUGCACUGGACAAAAUCACAAAAAAAUUAAUUAAAAAAAAUAAAAGAUAAGGAAGGCUAUUGUGGUGCUAAAAAAAACAAAAAUAAAAUAAUAACAAUAAUUUCAUUCAUCCCCUUAUCAUCAUCUACAUAAGCAUCCUGCAAAAAUGGGUCUCAACGGCUGCUGUUCAUGUGUGAAAUUUUUAAUGGUGUUAAUCAAUAUUCUAUUUUGGGUUAUUGGUUUGGCCAUAGUCAUAGCAUCGGCAUGGAUGCUAACAGAUCCCACAUUUGUGCUGUCAAUGACGCAGUCCUAUAAUCACUACUACAUUGCGCUCUAUGUGUUCCUGGGAAUUGGAGUGCUCAUUACAAUUGGUGCUUUCUUUGGUUGCUGUGGUGUACUCAAAGAAUCCCAAUGCCUCUUGGUAUCGUUCUUCUGUGUGAUAUUGGUGGUGAUGGUGGCACAAAUCGCUGCCGGUGCUUGGGCAUUCCACAACAAAGAUAAAUUGGACGACAUUGUGCGGGCGUCAGUGAAAUAUUCGGUGCAGGAGGAAUAUGGUCAGUCAAGCAUGAGUUCCCGCACGGUCACCUUUGAUACCAUCCAAAAGAAUCUCAAAUGCUGUGGUGCUGAUGGUCCCGCCGAUUGGGCCACAAGUCGCUUCAAUAAUGUGGAUCGCACAAAUAUUAUUGAUAUUGCCAUAUCGUCCAUGAAUGUCUUCUACAACAUACCAGAAUCCUGCUGUAAGGACGAACUCAAGGAUAAUGUCUGUGAAAUGUCAAGAAAACUGAAAUUUGGAGGAAAUCUUAAUCCGGCCAUACACCAACAGGGUUGCGUGGACAAACUCAUCGAAUUGAUCUAUGAAAACUGGGUGCUGUUAUUCGGCAUUACCGGUGGAGUUGUCCUAUUGGAAUUGUUGGCCUUGACCUUCUCCUUGAGCUUGUGCUGUGCCGUGCGAAGCCAGCAAUACAAGGCCUGAGAAUUACUGAAUUCCCAUAGGGAAAUAUCGGAUGAUGAGAAGUACUAACCAUAUUCUUUAAGGAAACGCCAACGCCAACAGCAACACCAAAUGCAGCAGCAACAGCAAAAGCUGCAGCAACAACGACUGCGUCAACAUCAGCAUCAACAUCAUCAGGAUCAUCAGCAACAGCAGCAACAUCAGUAUCAAUAUCCGCAGGAGCAUCAUCAGCAACAGCAUUCACAUCAUUAUCAUCAACGUCAACAUCAGCAUCAGCAUUAUCACCAUCACUCUCACCAACAGCAACAUUUUUAUUAAAAAUGUUAAAAGAAAAACUGAAAUUGUUUAGUAGCCUCACAAAGAUUGGGAGGAAAAGUGAGCACAGUAAGGAAAUGAAAUGCCUAGCCAGGAUACCUGUAUGGAUAGUUAAAUCAACUCGCUAGUAUAAAUAUUAAAUGAUUAAACUCUCAGUGUAUGCCGCUCAUGAAAACUAUUAGAACAAUUGAAAGAGGAGGAGGAAGAGGCAGAAAGCAGAGAAUUUCCACUGCCAUCUCUUAGCUUACUUCUAAUGCUCCCUCCUCCUUGAACCCCACAAAACGGAAACUGUUUUUAAGAAUCUCAUGAAAUUUUUACAAAACUUCAGCAGUAUGUGCGAAAAAACAAAAAAAAAACACAAAA